CACUCACGAUUUCUCACACACACACACAGUGAAUAUUCAGAAACCCUAGAAAAGCUCCAUCAAUGGCGUCUUCACGCGCUCUCACCACCGCCACUAGUCUCCUGAUGCUCCUCCGCUCGCGUCUCACACCUCAGAUGGCCACUCCCUUCGCUGCUCGUGCACUUCGCACCGUCACUGCUCUUCCGACCAGCGAUUUCACCAAGCUCCGCCGGUCAGACCUCUCACCUCAGAUGUUGACUCCAUUCGCAGCUCGUUCCCUUCGCACAUUCCCUGUUCCGACAAGCGGUUCGGACUCCCACGACUCCGACUCCGAUUCGGAUCCCUUCGACGACAUCAGCUUCAAACGGUGCUCUAAGAUUCUCAGAGAGUGUCCUUACAAGAAUCGGCUUCUGAGAAAAGGGUCGGUGGACUCGUUGGAUGUCAAGGAAGAUGAAGAAGCGAAAUAUGGAAGGUUCGACAUGCCGGGAAUUGGAAAAGAGGAAGCGAAGGUGUGGGUUGAGAAGGGAGCUCUGAUAGUCACGGGAGACGAGGCCUCUGGUUCAGAGACUGCGAGGAGCUACUUUGCCGCUAUUGAGCUUGCUGAGGGAAGGUUCGUGGUGGAUCAGAUCAAAGCAGAGCUCAAAAAUGGCGUUCUCAAUGUUGUCAUCCCGAAGGUGAAGUUCGAAGAAAGGAGCGAUGUUCUCCCGAUCGAGGUCAACUGACUCGCUAAUUUCUCGAUCAGUCAUUUUCUUCUUUAGCUUGUUCUUGUCUUGUUAAUGGUGCUUCUUUUGGUGUUCAUGUCUGUGUUUCUCUGAAUCUCUCACUGCUACUGGUAAAUCUUGGCUGAAUUUGGACGAUAUAAAUUUGGAUGAA